AUGGAGCAACCUCCGGGUUAUGUUGAUUCGAGAUAUCCCUCUCAUGUCUGCCGGUUACGUCGAGCUUUAUAUGGGCUCAAACAAGCUCCACGGGCCUGGUUUCAUCGGUUCAGUACUUUUCUUCUUGCUACUGGGUUUUCUUGUAGUCGGGCUGACUCAUCCUUGUUUGUGUUUUCCAAGGGUGCUGACCUAAUUUAUCUACUAUUGUACGUUGAUGAUAUUGUCGUAACCAACAACAACUCCGCUCUUCUUGAUGCUUUUAUUGGCAAAUUAUCCAAGGAAUUUUCCACCAAGGAUAUGGGCUCAUUGAGUUAUUUUUUAGGCCUCGAAGCACAUCGGACUUCCUCUGGCCUUUUUCUCAGUCAGGCAAAAUAUGCUCAUGAAAUUUUGCAGCGUGCCAAACUAGUUGAUAGCAAGCCUGUGAGCACUCCCAUGGUUGUUGCACGUCAUCUGUCUACUGAUGGUCCUGACUUUGAUGACCCCUCACUCUAUCGGUCCCUUGUUGGUGCUCUUCAAUAUCUCACUAUCACUCGGCCGGACCUUGCUCAUGCUGUCUCUGCCGUGAGUCAAUAUAUGCACAAGCCUUCUCUUUGCCACUUUCAAGCUGUUAAACGAAUCCUCCGUUACAUCAAGGGCACCUUACGAUAUGGCCUCUCUUUUACUCCAUCUUCUUCCUGCAAUAUUCUUGCUUACUCAGAUGCUGAUUGGGCUGGCUGCCCUGAUACACGACGGUCUAUCUCUAGCUAUGCUAUUUACCUUGGUGAUAACCUUGUCUCUUGGCGUUCCAAGAAACAACCUAUUGUGUCUCGUUCAAGCUGUGAAUCUGAAUACCGAGCGCUUGCUAGCACCGCUGCCGAAGUAAAGUGGCUUGGUCAUCUUCUUCGUGAUCUCAAAGUGACAUCUUCAUCUUCUCUGAUUCUCCUUUGUGAUAAUCAAAGCUCCAUCUUUCUUGCCACAAAUCUAGUCUCCCACAAUCGCUCCAAACAUAUUGAGCUUGACUAUCAUUUUGUGCGUGAAUUGGUGGCUUCCAGAGAACUUCGGCUUCAAUAUGUCCCUACCAACCUUCAGCUUGCCGACAUACUUACCAAGAGCCUUGGUCGUCCUGCAUUUAUAUUCUUUCGUUCCAAGCUUUGCGUUCAGGACUCUCAAACGCUAGGCUUGCGGGGGGGUAUUACGGAAGAUCAAGAUAAAGAUCAAGAUCAAGAUUAA